AUGGGGAGUUUGUCUCUGACACCAUAUUCUUCAAACUCACCCACCCCGGUUCCCCUGGGUCACUCACGUUGCCAAUAUGGAGUGGCUGGUUCACCUCUGACCCAUCGUCGGAACUCCUCUGUGGUCGUCGGGAACCAUCUACACGAGGCUCAGAAUAUUCUCAAGGCCGUUGCGAAAGGUGGCUUGCCUGACGAGAUGCCAAUCGGCAGUCUUACCCUCCUGCAACAGCCACCAGACGCGGGCGUUAUGAAGAUCUCCAAUAUUCCCUACUCUAUCACCAAGCAAGAGAUACUACAAUUCGUGGGACGCCAGUCUCGCUUGAGCUCGGGUCAAGCCGUCCACAUCAUAAUGGAGCGUUCAACUGCAAAGACAAUGGAUUGUUAUGUGGAAUUUGCGACACCAGGAGAUGCUAAAGAGACCGUGAAGAGAAUUGAUCGUAUCCAGGAAACAGGCCGUCCGCCUCGCUUGGGGAACAGACACGUUGACGUCGAAAUUAGUUCUCAGGAUGCCCUGCUGCGCGAUCUCUUUCCUCGUGCAAAGUGUGUCCACUGGCAGGCAGGUAUGCCCACUGUUCUCCGUAACAAUGAUCCCUAUUCCACAGGCUUUGCCGGCUUCUUCACCAGUGAGGAGAUUAUCGGUGCUAUUCGUCAUGCGGAGAUGCCUCACAGAUCUCCUUUCAGUACUAAAUGCCCUCAGCGUACCUAUGAGUCCACCAUCAGUACCCUCUACAAGUUCCCCUGGUAUGCCGUUGACCUUUACACGGUCCAUGAUCGUAACUUGCUCUUUGACUUGGUUAAUCGCCAGGUUAUGGCUCUUCUUACUCGCAUGAGUAGAGCGAAUACAGUGGGUCUGGACCAGCAUCUCUUGAAUGACCUUCUUCGUUCCGGACUCGAAUGUCCAGGCUUCAACGAGCGCCAGAGAUAUACCUUGUGUGUCAACGCAGAGAACUUCGCUGAAUUGAAUAAACUAUCGGACAUCAGUAGAUGGUUUCCCUUUGACACAUUGGCUACUAUGCCUAACAUCGACGAGCACACUUACAAGGUAUGUUUUAUUGUCGACUUAAUCUCCAAGGGCUCGAUCCACGCCAUGUCUCACCCAGAACUUCCAAACAACUUCCCCUCGGAUAAUGUCAGCCUCAUCUCGCCCUUUGGCCCGAUCUGGUUCGAAUGGCCCGAGGAAGUUGCUAAGCGCACGCUCUGGCAGGACGCGGUCAGUCAUGAGACCAACAUCUUGUUUGAUCUUCUAUCUAGCGGAUCCAGAAACCCCCAUGGCAGAAAGCUAUCUUUCGGGAGUCACAGCACUCGGAGCAGCGUCAUGUCACCAGACACAGACAGUCUGUCCCAGUACGAUGUGUUCUCGCCUCCUCCACGUCGGGCAAGUGACUCAUGGCACAUGCGCGCUUACUCUUACAGCGGCAUUGAGGACAACCCUUGGAAUUCCAGGCUACUUCUUCAUUCAGAUGGCAGAGGCCGUAAUGGUUUUCCAGGACACCGCUUCACCAGAUCUUCUCCAGUCAAUGUCCCGGUCUUCGACGAUUGAUAUCCGAGCGAUUCAACACCGAAGUUCAAGAAGUACAGCGCUCAUAAUCCUUCAACUGCAAUGCUUUUGACUUUCUUGCGUGCCCAACAAUUGACUUUGCUCUACUGCACAGGUUGGAUCUAGAUUUGCAUAUGGUGCGUGGUGCCUAUUGGUCCAUCCAUAAUCUAGGUCGACAUAUUUGUCUUUUUACUUACGAGAUUCCCCCUAUUUCUUUUCCAGUUGUUAUUUUCCAGCAUCUCUCUACUUUGCUUGUAUUUGCGACUUGAUUACUGGUUGAAUUUCCCCUGCACGAAUUUCAGAACGUCAUUUCAUGAAGUGCUAUCGGUUGAAGAGCACAUGCUACACGGGUACACUGCCUUUAAGCUAUGAAUGUAUCGUUCUUCUUGUUUUCUUCUUGUUUUUUUAUUCUCUUGAGCCUGGCAAAGCCUUAAUAUCUCAUGAUUUUUCAUGUUCUUGCUUCUAUUAUGCUGUCAAUCUCGAAUAUCGCC